GUUAGGGGAAAAAUAUAUUUCCCACUCGCUGUCUUCAACCCCAAAAUCCCUUAAACCUUGACCUAACAUUUAUCUUCUUUUGCCAUGAAUUCAUCUUCAUAGUUUCUCUCUUCACUGCUUGGGUUCAUUUUUGCAUUGCCGGUAAUUCAUUUUAUUCAGCAUGUUUUUGUCAAGAACACUUGGACGAACACUCUUUGCUGCUGCUUCUAGAUCAAAACAUUAUGCCACUACAGCUGCUGGUGGUGGCAGGGAAGGACUCAACCCCCUGCAGGAGUUCUUUGAGGCAGACAGGAGCCCUGAGGAUGACAAACCUGUUGUUUAUGGUCGGAGUUGGAAGGCCUCUGAACUGCGUUUGAAAUCUUGGGAUGAUCUUCAUAAGUUGUGGUAUGUAUUGUUAAAGGAGAAGAACAUGUUGAUGACUCAACGGCAGAUGCUUUAUGCACAGAACCUGCGUUUUCAUAACCCAGAGCGCAUCCCCAAGGUGAGAAAGUCAAUGUGUCGCAUCAAGCAAGUACUUACUGAGAGAGCAAUUGAAGAACCAGAUCCCAGGAGGUCUGCUGAGAUGAAGAGAAUGAUAAAUGCUCUUUGAUGAUUUAUAAAAUGGAUAUGUUCCUGAGAUAUUGUUAUUGGGUAUGCUCUUAGAAUAGGACAUCUACUUUCAUGGAUGUAAGGUUGCUGACUUGAAGCAGUUUGUCCAAAGAUAUUUGUUUUCGAAGGGUUUUCCUGUUGAUGAUUUUUGCUUGGUUUUGUUUGUCUUUAAAGAGUCAGGCAGGCAGAAAUCUAACCAAGCAUUCAUUGUUCCUAGCAGUCUAUUAGUUGAUAAAGAGGAUCAAAUUGGAAAGGUGCAUCUCAUUUUCAGUCAUCCCUUAUUUUUCCCAUUCUGAGAAAGUAUUAAAUCGGUUGCAUCCCAACAUUUUUGCUGUCUUAAUUUCUAUUUCCU